CCUAUCGUCUGUCGUGCAUUACACGAUUUUCACGAAAUUAUCAUCGCUUAGUUCACUUCGGCCGCCGACUUUUAAGAAAUUCACUUUUGCACCACACGUGUUAGUUUUUUGUGUCUUGUAAUUUUGCCGACUUAAAACAAUACAAAAUGGGUUUCGCCAACGUAUGGUACUCGCAUCCAAGACGCUACGGCCAAGGAUCCCGUUACUGCCGGGCGUGCACGAACAGGCACGGUCUCAUCAGGAAGUACGGCAUCAACUUGUGCCGACAGUGUUUCCGUGAAUACGCCAACGACAUUGGUUUCAAGAAGAUGGACUAAACGUUGUUUUUUCUAUUUUCUUGGCUGUAAACUGACCACUCGACAUUCACCACUCAUUACAGUCAUGUAAUUUUUGUCUAUACUAUUUAAGUCAAUAAAUGAAAUUGAGUUAAAAACACAA